AUGAGACCCAGCUCUGAUGAUGUCCAUCAAAUGAUAAACGAAAGCUCAGCCCAUUUUCACCCGAAACGACGGAGGUGGUAUCGUGGACUGCGCCAACUGGAACGUCGUAUAAACGCCAAACGGCUGCAGUACAACGCGAUUCCUUCGUCCUCUUCUGGUGAGAUUGAUCUACGAAUCUCUUCUUCAUGCACUUUCAUACGAAAUGAAAAUGCCCCCCAACAAUGUUAG